AUUUUUUCUUCAUUAUUCUUCUGAUGUUGUGCAAGUGAACUUCUCUUUCUUCCCUUUAAAUAAUCUUUCUAUAUCUCUAUUUCAAUCUUCUUUGUUCUUUUCAAAACAUUAAUUGGAUCUUGUCUAGAGCGUCCAUAACUAUUUUGUGAAAUCAAUUUAUUAUAUUGUAUCUCACCAUUCCUAAUAUAAUACAUACUACUUGUUGUUGUUGUUAUUAUUAUCAACGUCUUCUCUUUAUUAUCACUGCAUAGUAUUUUACUUGUAGCACCAACAUUAUCAACUAUCACCAUUUCUCCUCAAAUCUACUAUCAUCCACCAUUCAUCAUUACACUAUCAAGUAUGGCUAAUCCUAAUACAGAAGAGGAAGAUAAAGGUAAAAGUAAUGUUACCAAUUCUGUUGAAAGAACGGUUAAAAGUGAUUUAAGGACUCGUCGUCACAGGCGCAGUGAAUGGAGACGUCGUUGGAAACCCUGUGGGAGAAAAUUUAGUAAAUCAUUUGGUAAAAAUAGUCGACUCGAUGAUCUGGAAAGCAGAAAAGCUAAGUGGUUAAAUCUUCGUAUGCAUGUUUUGGGACAAACUUUAGCACCUUACAAUACAACACAGUUCCUUAUGGAUGACCAUAAUGUGAGAGAACCUGAGUUUGAACAAAUUGAUCGAUUCUUACAAGCCAAUGUUGCGGCCGUGGCUGCAGCCUCUGUUGAUACAUCAGGUUUGUCUAACAACAAUUUUAAAGACAGCUCGGAUGGAAUCCAUUCUAUUACUGGAACCAAUACUCCCAACGGAACAGGAGGAUAUCGACGAAGAUGUAUGAGUGAUAGUACCCCAUCUCGAAAGAAUACGGAUGAUGCAUCCUCCGAUGAUUUUUAUAGUUCCCCUGAUGAUGAGUUAGAUUUCAACCAGAGACAAUUUUUUGAAACUUAUGAAAAUAUUCAUGCGGAAAGGAUAAGUACAAUGUCCAAAGCAGAAUUGGUGAAAGAAUAUCUUUUGUUAGAACAGCGGUGUGAAGAAUUGGAAACCAAGCUUAAAGAAAUGGAACAUCGUGAUAAACUGAUCCCGAUCAAGUAAAUCUCUUUUUCCCUCUUUCCCAAAUGUAUUUAACUUAAUAGCUGGUAUUUACAAUUUUUAAAGAUCUUGAUCAACUUGAUAGAUCUUUUAAAUUUUUAAGCAAAUCUCUUUGAGAUAUUGUUUUACAAUAUCUAAAACUGUUGUACCAGCAAAAUUAUACAAAAAACAAAUGCUGUUUAUGCUGCUUUUUUUCCGUUUAUUGGUUCUGGUAACACUUUUACUUUGAAUUUGUGAUUGGAGGAGAGCAGUGUAAAUAGCAGUGAUCUGUAUUGUAUAAAGAAGAACAUCAGUCAAAGGUUGGCCAGUUAAAGAAUUUAUCAGAUUAAUUAUUUUAUCGUUUAAACCUUUUUCGAUGCUCUUCAUCAACUACCUCUUUUCCUUCGAGUCCUAUUCAUCUCACCACUUUCAUCUUCAUUGUCUUCAAUCUUUGGAUUCGAAAAGAGAUUGUUUUUGUUUGAUAAUCACCUUUUUUUGAAAUUUACUUUUCCAUUAAUUGGGACAAAUUAUCUUUUUCCGGUUUAUUUUGAUGAUUCUGUUGACCUGAACUUAAAUUGUUAUUCUUUGAGACCAACAAUUGUCUCCUUCCCUACCAUUCAUUACCAUUAAUCACAUUAGGUUGUCAAUUUAGUUAUUAUUUUGGGGAAGAUUGUUAUAAUUUUUUAUUAUAAUCUUUCUGUAAAUUAUCAGAAUUUUCUGACAUAGAAAUUGACUUCCUAAGUUGGUGAUUGAUAAAACAAAAUUAAAAUAAAAAAUUGAAACCUUUGAGCCAAAUCAA